AUGUCAUAUUUUAUUGUUUUCUGCUUUUUUAAUUAGUAAGAAAUACUUUUUUAUAAAGUAUAAUAUGGACAUUUUCUGUCAACUGUAUUAUCUAGAAAGAGCUCAUAAUUUUCAUUUGGAAUUUCUUAAUCUAUGAUAUACUUUUAAUUGUUACAAUUGAUAGAAUAGCGGAGGGCACUAAAUAUAUAGUAUUUGUUAACUUUUUUAUUGCUAUUAUAAAUAUAUCUUGAAGCAUUGAGAACAUCAGCUGGAUAAUACAAUAUAAAGUAUUUAUUUCUAAAAAUAUCUAUGUAUAUUUUUUUAAGGCCAAACAGAAGGAAGGCAGAGUUGAAGAUUAUAGUAAGUAGAACCAGAGUUUUAAGAAUAAAAUUUUUAAUUGAAUCUUACUAAAUAUCAGGGAGAAGGUUGUUUGUAUCCACACUUAUCAUGAUUAUAAAGAAAAUUAAUGAUUAGCUUAUAUAACUAAGUGUGUUGUAUAAGAAAUAAUAAUAGAAAUCUUUUUAUUCUUUUACUAAUUUAUUGUAUUAUAAUUGA